AUGUCUGAGCCCAAGGGUCCGACCCUCAAGCUCAAGUUCGGCAAGAAGGCCGCUCCGCCGCCAGCGCAGCCUGCGCCAGCUGAACCCGCUGCGCCGCCGAAGCUCACCCUGAAGAUCGGUCGCAAACCACAGCCCCCGCCUGAGCCGUCCGACGAGAAGCCCAAGAAAAAGAAGGCUUCGUCGAAAAAACGCCCUGCCGAGAAUGCACCGCCGCCACCUGAGCCGGCAGUUGCCCAGCCUGGUCCCAAGCGGCUCAAACUGAACGCAUCCAAGCUCAAGUCGAUUCGCCUCAAGAACAAGGGCCAUGUCCCCAACCGGCCAGUCGGUGUCGGAUACGACUCAGAGGCAUCGGAUACGGAGAUUGACCCGUCGAUCGAGGAACAGUUCAUACUGCGAAUGCUACCAGGUGAAGACUGCGACUAUCUGCGGCAAGCUAUUGAAGAGAGAAAAUUCGACAAGUCAGAGUUCUCGUUCAAACCGCUUAAUCGCGAGGGAAGACGUGCCAUUUUCAAGGUCCGAAAUAAGCAGUAUGCGGCAUGUUUAGUCGAUCUGCCCUGUAUCAUCGAGGGCAUGAAGAGUUGGGACCGUCGGGGUUGGUACAAAUCAGCAGACAUUUGUCAAAUGCUCUUGGUGCUGGGGCCUGUCUCGAGCGAUCAAGAAGCUCUUGAAUACCCUGUCCCUUCUGAGCUCGAAGUUGCCGACACCAAGACGCUACAAUACCCCCAUGGUCUAGCACCACCUUUACGAUGGGUCCGCAAGCGACGUUUCCGGGAUCGUGUCAGCUCGCGUACUAUCGAACAGGUUGAAACGGCUGUGGAGGAUUUGAUUGCACAGGACGAACAAUCUCUCUUCCCUCCACGGUUUGACCUCGUGGAUAACACAUCUCUGAACCGUGCCGAAGGAUUCGUGCAGGACGAUUACGAGGAAGACUACGACGAAGAGCAAGAUGCUGAAGGCGAGAUUGAUGAGAUGAUGGAUGACUUUGAGGAUGACCUGGCCGCCGAGAUGGAAGCCGCACUGGCUGCUGGAGACGAUGAUGCAGCGGCGGCCGUCACAGAAGCAGUGCAGGCAGCUGCUGCGUCUACGCCAGCUGCGCCGACUGAAGGUGGCGGUGAUUCUUCGGGCGAUGAGAAUGAAGUAUCGGACGAGGACGACGACAUCCCAGAAGAUGAUCUUGACGAAGAACAACUGGAACAGCAGCGCCAACUCCAGCAGCAUCGGGAGGAGAUUGCUGAGCUUGAAGCCCUCAUUCAAACGGAAACCGCACAGUGGCAGAAGGUACAAAACCAAAUUCUACGCAACAAGAUGGGUCGCCGUAUUCAGGAGCUCAAGAAAGAUCUGGAACUCAAGAAGGUGUCUGUUGGGAUGCCUGGCGAGAACGAUGUAUAA